CGAUAAGUAAAACAUAUUUUUGAGUGGAGGGACACUUUAAUGUCUCUAACUCUCUAAUAAUUGGAAAAAGUAAAAAUGAAAUAAUAAGUUAAAUAUUUAUUGAUACAUUUCUAUUCAAAUGUGUAGGUCUACACUUUAAUUAGACAUACAGUGCUGCUGCAACGUUUAAAUUGAAUAGAAAAAUGAAUGAUGAAUGAAUAAAUGAAUGAAUGAAUGAAUGAAUGAAUGAAUGAAUGAAUGAGACCACUUUUCUUUGUAAGAAUGAUAUUUCCCAAGUAAAAUAAACAACUGAGUUGGCCUACACUUACAGUGAAGCCUUGGUGAAAAAAAACAACUUGCUUUUGACCAGAAGAUGGAGCUAAAACACUUGUGUAAAGUUAUUGUGCAGCUCUAGUGAGCUCAUUUUUUGUUAUAACUGAGUAAAUAAUAUAACUGAUGCAUGAACAAAGUGAGUCAUAGGCUACCAAACUAUCAUGAGCCAAUUUUAUAUGCAGGUUAAUUAACUCAGCACCCCUAAUUUAAAACAAUUUAAAAGCCUGACCAUCUCUGUAUACUAAUUAACAAAGCUUGUAAAUGAAGACAGAUUUUUAUUUAUGUAUGAUACUUGUUUGCAUUGACGAGUUGCUUAUUAAUCACUUCAUUUAAUCAUUAAUUAUUCUGCUUGUGUGCGUGUGUUUGAUAAGAGGAACUAUUGUACUGGUUGACACUUUCGGGUGAUAAAGCACUCCAAACUGCACCAUGUAUCACUAUUUAUUUUCUGUUACUCUCUGCUGUGUGAAUUUGGAUCAUUGACAUAAAAAAUGUUGCUGAAUGGAGUCACCAUUAAUAAACUGGGACUCGGCCUUUACUAUAAAAUGAUCCUCUCACAUGCUGCUGAAUGGAACAAUAUAAUUCAGGCUCUUGACAUGCAGAGAUUGAUCCUGUGACUUGUUAAUAAAAAGUCAGUGGAUGGGAUGGAGACGCAAGGUUGCUGCGCCAAGCCAGCCAGAAAAGACGGGAAGUCCAGUGUCUUAGCCUUCAAAGUAGUAGUCGUUGUAGUGGUGGCAGUAGCCUACUACAACUUCUACAACUGGUAAUACUAAAAAAGCUAAUAACUUGAAUGUGUUUCAUUGUUUUAACCCAAAUCUAAGGAGGUCAGAGGUCUAAAGGUCAGGGCCAACACUCACUGACACUUAAAUAUAAACUGAUGCUUCAAUCAUGGCUGUGUGAGGUUAAAGUUUGAUCAUUAUGAACAAUCAUGAAGUCCAACCUGACACCACUCUUGCUAAGUUUUGGUGCAUCAGGUUCUAUUUUUCCAUUAGAAAGAGUUAGGUAGGGGUUUAUUUUGAAACACCUAACAGGAAAACGCUUUUUUAGUGACGCUCUAUUGACAGGUGGCGUCAGUGUCCCCUCACUUAACCGGUGGAGCAGAGGAGCGCAGCAUUGCGCAGAGCAUGUAGCCGAAACUACAUCAGACUGUGGAUCUGAAGUUUUAGUGCGAAGUGUUUUCUUCUUCAGGAGAAACAUUUACAACAGUUAGAGCUGCUCAUCGACACUCAACUUGCUGGGAGCUAAAUGACAAGUAGGCAGCGGUACAGAUCCACUCAGUGAUACACCGGGCACGAUGGAGAGCAAGGGAUUACUUCGCUGUAAGAUUGUGGUUGUCGGUGAUACGCAGUGUGGCAAGACGGCUCUCCUCCACGUUUUUGCCAAAGACUCGUACCCCGAGAAUUAUGUUCCCACCGUGUUUGAGAAUUACACAGCCAGCUUCGAGAUCGACAAACAGCGGAUCGAGCUCAACAUGUGGGACACUUCAGGUUCAGCCUACUAUGACAACGUGCGGCCGUUAGCCUAUCCUGAUUCAGACGCUGUGCUCAUCUGCUUUGACAUCAGCCGUCCGGAGACGAUGGACAGUGUGCUGAAAAAGUGGCAAGGUGAGACGCAGGAGUUCUGUCCCAAUGCCAAAGUGGUGCUGGUCGGCUGCAAGUUGGACAUGAGGACGGACCUCAACGUCUUGAGGGAGCUUUCCAAACACAGACUCAUUCCCAUCACCCACGAACAGGGCACUCAUUUGGCGAGGCAGAUUGGUGCCGUGGCCUACGCAGAGUGCACCUCAAAGUAUUCGGAGAACAGCGUCCGUGAUGUUUUCCACGUCACCACCCUGGCAUCUGUGUCCCGCGUCCACCGGCCUCAGCUCAAACGUGCUGGCUCACGUCGCGGCCUCAAGCGGGUCUCCCAGCAGCCGCCCCGGACUGAGAUUCACGAGCACCCGCCCGCCAUUAGAAAGGACCGGGCCAAAAGCUGUGUGCUCAUGUAGAGCCGGACCAGCAGCCUGACCUGUGUGUGCUGAUGGACACUAACCAUACUGCACAUGGACUUAAUUUAUUGGUGAAUUCUUGUCAGAUCUUAUCACUGCAUAAAAGACAAUGUGAUGAAAACAAGAACGAAUGCUAUCCUGUGGAGUUCUUUGAGGAAUUGUUUGUCCAUCUUUAGCAAAACUCUCCUUGUUAUUUUUUUUUCUGUGGCUGUAUUCACAUCAGGGGAGGCCAUAGUGGUGGCAAAAGCUGUUUUUUCUUUAACGCUUUUACUUGAACAAGUGGACAAAAAUGAUCAUGGACACAAACAAGCUGGUUAGCAAAUAAAACAGAAGGACAGAAAAAAAGUGAGAAUGAGGAAAAAGAACAAAGAAAUAUCAAUUUUUAAGGUCACCUUAAAGGAACCAGCAGUAACAGUGCUGAUCUUGACCUCCAUUAUGUUGUUUUUCUGUUUUGAAACGCUAUUCUCUCUUUAAGUGUUUAAGUAAAUGAAGCACAAUAUGAUGCACGCAAACUGUUCCGAGUUAUCCGUAAAUGUCAGGGAAUGAGAAGUUCAUAUGAUAAGUUGUAAAGACAAAAAUAUGGGCAGGUAAAAAAACUCGUGGGCUGAGAUGACACAAAUUUUCUUAAACCACAAGUGCUUUUAAUAUUGAAAACUAAAUAAUCACUCACCACAUAAUACUGAAGUGUUGUGAAAUUAAUAUUGUUCUAAUAAUCCACACUGGGAAAGAAAGUCACAGAUGGAGUACAGUGGGUGGCUAUUAUAUUGUACAUGUGAUAAUGAAAUAAAAAAAACUUGCUCUGCUGAGUGUUUGAACAUC